UCAUGAGAGCAAACACGGCUCACCAACUUUUCUGUCUUUUGUUACAUUGUUUUGAGUUUUAGUGUGAAGUCAAAACUCGCGACGGAGACAAAUGGCUCGUCAGUUUUGCGACGGUUUAGGUUAGGACAGUGUUGAACUCGGAAAGCGGAUUUUGUCGGAAUUUGUGCCACAACUUCAAACAAAACCAACGGUGGAAGAAGUUGAAGCCGAGAUUAAGAAUCUGGAUCAGCUUUGCUUCUUUGCUUCCUAUCAAGGUCCAUGUCAAGAUGUCUGUCAGUAACCACGAAAACCGAAAGUCUCGCUCUAGUUCCGGCUCCAUGAACAUCCAUCUCUUCCACAAGACGUCCCAUGCCGACAGCCUGUUGACUCAACUCAACCUACUACGCAAACGAAAAGUCUUCACAGAUGUUUUGCUGAAGGCUGGAAACCGGGCUUUCCCUUGCCACCGGGCUGUCCUGGCCUCCUGUAGUCGAUAUUUUGAGGCCAUGUUCAGUGGCGGACUCAGGGAGAGCCGCGAUGCUGAAGUCAACUUCCAUGACUCUCUCCAUCCGGAAGUGCUGGAGCUGUUGCUUGAUUAUGCCUACUCAGCGCGAAUCAUAAUUAACGAGGAAAAUGCAGAGUCACUCCUGGAGGCAGGCGACAUGCUUCAGUUCCAUGACAUUAGGGAUGCGGCGGCAGACUUUCUAGAAAAGAACCUCCACCAGUCCAACUGUCUGGGGAUGAUGUUGCUGUCAGAUGCUCACCAGUGCCAGAGAUUGUAUGAGCUGUCGUGGCGAAUGUGCUUGGCAAAUUUUGCUACCCUCUACAAGACAGAGGACUUCCUGAACUUGCCCAGAGACAAAGUCCAGGAGCUGAUCCUCAGUGAGGAACUGGAGGUGGAGGAUGAGAGCCUGGUGUACGAGGCAGUCAUCGACUGGGUCAAGGCGGACAUGGACCAGCGGCACAGUGAGCUGCCUGAGCUGCUGCGCUGUGUCCGCCUGGCGCUGCUCCCCGAGACGUACCUGCUGAAAAACGUUGCUUCGGAGGAGCUGGUCAUGUGUCACAAAGUUGGCAGGGAGAUCGUCGAAGAUGCCGUGCGGUGUAAGAUGAGGAUCCUCCAGAACGACGGUAUAGUAACAGGGUUCUGUGCCCGGCCAAGAAAGGUCAGCCAGGCCCUGCUGCUGCUGGGAGGACAGACAUUCAUGUGUGAUAAAGUCUACGUGAUUGACAACAAGACCAAGGAGAUCACCCCCAAAACAGACAUCCCAAGCCCCAGAAAAGAAUGCAGCGCCUGUGCCAUUGGCUGCAAGGUUUAUGUUACAGGAGGACGUGGCUCAGAGAAUGGGGCCUCCAAAGAUGUCUGGGUGUACGACACAUUACAUGAUGAAUGGUCCAAAGCUGCACCCAUGUUAGUAGCUAGAUUUGGACAUGGGUCUGCGGAGCUCGACCACAUGCUAUUUGUUGUGGGAGGACACACUUCUCUUGCAGGAUCCUUCCCUGCAUCUCCAUCUGUGUCUCUCAAACAGGUGGAGCAGUAUGAUCCUCAGACCAACAAAUGGACCCUCGUGGCUCCACUCAGAGAAGGUGUGAGCAAUGCUGCUGUCGUCGGUGCCAAAAACAAACUCUUUGCCUUUGGUGGAACCAGUGUAAACAGAGACAAAUAUCCCAAGGUGCAGUGUUUUGACCCUUGCCAGAACCGGUGGUCAGUACCAGCCUCCUGUCCACAGCUGUGGCGCUACACGGCAGCAGCCGUGGUCGGAAACCACGUUGUUGUGAUUGGGGGCGACACAGAGUUCUCAGCCAGCUCUGCAUACCGGUUCAACAGUGAGACGUACCAGUGGUCAAAGUUUGGUGACGUAACAGCGAAACGGAUCAGCUGUCAUGCAGUGGCAUCAGGAAACAGACUAUAUGUGGUCGGGGGGUACUUUGGGGCUCAGAGGUGUAAAACACUAGACUGUUAUGAUCCAUCAUCAGACUCUUGGGACAGUGUGACCAGCGUGCCCUACUCACUCAUUCCCACCGCCUUCGUCAGCACAUGGAAGUACCUCCCAGCCUAGAGACACGCUGACUCUGAGGUUUCAACGGUCAGCCGUGGUGUCUGGUAUGCCGGCAUGUGUCUCCCUUCACUGGCUUCAGCAAGGUGGAGGAGGAAGAGGAAGGGUUUCUGAGUUCCUGCUGCGGGUUCAUCCAGCCUGAUUCAGUAUCUUCAGUAGUGGACUGGAGGCUUGAUUCCUGGAAACAGCCCAGACACUGGUAGUCUCCUCGUCUGCCUGGCCCCAGCCUCUCUACACCUGAUCUGUUGACUCAUACUUCUUGUGUAACUUUCCCAUGUAGCCACUGCAGGGUCUUCACAGUCGUCUCUGUAUAUCAUGCCAAGCACAGCCAGGAAAAAGAUAGCAGAGACGUGUGCUCUGGGCAUUAGGAAUGUUUGGUCUGCCUUGGAAUGGUCCCUGCACACAGACUUCUCUCGUUUCACUUCCUGAGGCUUAUAAGCUACUGUGACUGUAUCAGCCGUGUAUUGCUCAACUGACUCAUCAUCAAACAUCAUCCCGCCAGUAGAUAAGCAGUUUAACUGGCCUGUUGUUUUACAGUUAACUAAAAAAGAAAGUCAGCUAUCCUUCCAACACUGGGUGUGUACUGCAUAUGAGGAAGGAGAGAAGACAUUUGGGGAAGUGUAUGAUUUUGUGCACAGAAACAAUCUUCCUGUCUGUAUUUUUAGAUUUUUGGACUUGGGCUUCCCUCAAUUUUGGUGAGCUAAAUUUGUAUCUUCCUCCUCCACUUAAAAUACACGCUCGCAAGAGAGAGAAUGUGGCCGAUUAUGGCUGAAGAAGUUACUUUUCUGUUUCAAGAUGUUAUUUCAAGUGAUGAUAUUUGCCAGUCAUGUCAUUAUUUUUCUUACGUGUUUUGUGUCUCAGGGUUGUGUAUAGCUUGUUUUCUGUAUAGAUGGGCAUUGCCUGUAUUUUUCAAGGAAGGGUAAUCUCUUUAUUUUCUGUGUUUUAAAUGUUUUAUUUUUUUGUGAAUGUACUAUUUUUGAGAACCAUUUUACUGAACUCAUUUUAGAAGACAUCCUUGUGUUGUAUGAUUGUACUUCACAGCAGCGCUCAUAUUUAAAACACAAAUAUUGCCAAAAGAUGAAAAGCUAACCUUAGCAUUACUCUGGAUUGAAAUAACACGAGCUAAGUGUGCCCAAAGUAGUUUAAAAAAUACUUUGUAGCUUAAUUUCAUAUUUGAGUACCUUUUUUAAUAGUCUUUUGUGUGUAGUUUGUAUAUUUGCUUUGUAAUUAAUUUCUAGAAGCCUUUGAUUUGCACAAUUUGUACAAAGAAAUCUCUUAAUGGUCUUAAUUUUGUAUCUUUGUCUUAGCCCAGCUCGGGUAGUGUGAAUAAUCAAAGCCUUUUUGUAGCAAAUAAUUGAGUUAUUUCUCUUUCAACAAACUUAAUUUGCUCUGUGUGCAAGUCUCUGAUGUAUCAAAUAUUGUGAUAUGUUAGACUAUCUGUUACUUCACAUCUUGUCCAUGUUUCUACAGUUCAACUUGUCAAUAAAUGGCAUCUUGUUGAAAACAUA